CGAGCGAGCUUCAUGAUCAGGAUCGUCAUGAGCUCGAGGUCUGGACUGGAGUUCGCGGGCCACGAGUGCCGGAGACAGUGGUCGUUGGGGGUUUUGGGAUUGCGGCGGUGUGUCUGCCCAGGCUCAAUGCGGACGCGAUGAUUCGGGUGCGCAGAAGAUGGUGAGGUGACGAUGGAAUUUCAGUGGAAUGUGGUCGGAUUGAGUGGCCCGGGCGGCGAACGGGGCCAGUAGGGCGAGAAUAGGAGGGGAGGGAAAUAUCGAGUCCGAGGUGUGGGUGGCAAAUUUCGGGGAACCUCGGAUAUGCGUUACGACGGACGACGAGGGGAAGGAGGAUCGAUCGUUCGAGUGCAGGAGCAGCAGGCGAUGGAUUGACCUAACCGCUUCUGCUGGUUGCUCUGCUGGAGCCGUGGAGGGUGACGGAGGGAGGAUGGCGCGGUCGGAUUGGACAGAUGGUGCUGGAAGACGGGAUAGGGCCCGAAGCCCGGUGUCUUCCAGAGACAGGGACCGGAAUUUGGACGCGCAGUCUUCGCCCCCCCGGAGGAGAAAGAGCGUGAUUCGCAGUCCAUCGGAGGAGCAUUGCGACGAGAGGCAGGACGGGCUCAGGCAUCGACGUCGAGAUAUAAGGCGCGAGGAGUUGGAUGGAGGAGGUGUAGACAGAGACAGAGACAAGAGGAUGCAUUUCGAAGUGAGCGAUCGGAGUCAGGUGGGUUCAAUUUACAUGACCCACUCCGUGGGUCAUGUGGAUUCGGGUGGUAGGGACGAGCGACGUCGAGAGGACAAGAGCAUGGGGAGGGAUCCCAGCUCUUCUGACGACGACAGAAGCAGCAGCGAGGAGGACGAAGUUGUCGAGCCGGGAGCGAAGGUGGAGCGAUCCGUGAAGCCCGAGCGGAAUCGAAGGCAUGAAAGUUCUGAUAGUUCUGAGGACGGGACUGAGGAAGAGUCGAAGAAGAGUCGAAGCCGAAAGCGGAUGAAGAGUCGACGAAAGCACGUGGAUUCUUCUGAGGACGAAAGUGAGGAUGAUGAGAUUAUGGGUGGAACGCCCACGAAGAAGAGUAGGAGCAGACAGCGUGAGAAGAGCAGAAAGCACGGUGAUCGGAAGUCGAGCAGAAGGAAACAUCGCCGGAAUCGAAGUGACUCAUCGGAUGAUGAUACGUCGGAGAGUGAUGAAACCUCAAGCAGCAGUAGCGAUAUUUCUGAAAUCAAAGACGACGCCCCUAGAGAGAAGGAGAGGAAACGCAAGAAGAAGAGACGACGGAAAGAGAAGGAGAGAGAACAGGAGAAGGAAAUUAGACGCAAGGAGAAGCGGAUGUUGAAAGAAAUGAAAGAGAAGAAAACCAAGUCGGAGAAGAAAAAAAAGAAGAGAGAGCUGCGGGCUAAGCAGCCGAUAACCACCUCCUGGGGAAAAUAUGGUAUUCUCAAGGACAUUGACAUGUGGAAUAAGCGACCUGAAUUUAGUGCAUGGUUGGCGCAAGUGAAAAAGGUCAAUAUGGAAGUUUUGUCCAACUGGGAGGAGAAGCAGAUGUUCAAAGAGUAUAUGGAGGACUACAACACCGCUACUUUCCCAUCUAAGAAGUACUACAACCUUGAUAUUUACCACCGCCGGAAAGCCAUGAAAGCGAGAAUGAAGGGCAUGGCUAAAUUUGUCAAAGUGGAGCGGACUGAUUUUAACGACGAAGAACAGAGACGCCUGGAAUUACGGAAGGAGCGGGAGCAGAAGAAGGAAGAAGACGUCGAAGCACUGAUGAGGACAAUGCAAAGUGGAAUGGCCCAAGCUAUGCGAGAGCAGGCACAACUCCGAGAGGAGAUGCAAUACCAAUUUCGUUUGGGCAACGUCGAGGCAGCUCAAGCUAUUCAACGUCGACUUGAUCCUGAUGCAGAUAAGCUUGCCAAAAUGUAGAAAAUGUUAGAGAGUUACUCUUUCCUGAAUACAUUUCUUCGUUCCUAGAGAGCUUAUGGAAGGAUACGAAGAAGAGCUGCUCCAUCAGUAAGUUUUGACGUGUAAAUUGGAACAGUGGAGACGGUCUAGGUCUCAUUUUUGGGUUUACCUGGAUUGACCUGGAUAAUUCCUCCGUUGAAUGUAUUGAAUGCAAGCAACAAGUCAAUGAUGAAUCAAACUGUUAAACGUAGUAUGCUCGGUGUUAUUCUUACUUGGCCGGCAUUGCCUCAACUGCAGUGAUACGGGUGUCAUAGAAUAUUGCACAAUCCAACCCUCACU